GGAUUACAGCAGCAGCAGCAGCAGCAGCACACUGUUCUGGAAAGUUACUCCUUGCGGCGAAGCCCUCCUCCAGUCAACCGGACUUUGGUUGAAAGUUAUGGUUCGUGCUCCGGCUGCUGCUCACACUUGUACGAUGGUCAGACGGAGCGAGGCUUCGUACCUGUGUGGAAAAUGAGUGCACUGAGCGGAGACGUGUGCACGAUGGUGAGGAGAUGUCUUCUCACUUUCAAACCAUUCAGGAUCUUCAUACUGGGGAUUGGCUUCUUCAGCCUGUGCUUUCUAAUGACCUCUCUCGGGGGCCAGUUCUCAGCCAGGCGACCUGGAGAUUCUCCCUUCACUGUGCGGGCUGAAGUGCUCGGCGGUCAAGAGUCUCGAGGGGUGCUGAGGAAGAUCAGUGACAUGCUGGAGGUCAUCAUGAAGAAGAUGGACACACUGUCCAAGCUGGAAAACGCCACAGAUUCCCACAGACUGGACGAGCUCAGCUCAGCACUGGACAGGAUUCAGCCUGUAGGGCUGGUGGAGCGCAUCCAAGCCAUAGCCCAGAACAUGUCUGACAUCGCCGUGAGGGUGGAGCAGAUCCUACAACGCAGCAUGGCCAAUAACAGAGUCAAGGAAGGAGCGUAUGGACAGUGUGAGAUUCCCAAAGAUCCCCGUUAUCCCGACUGCUCCAGUAAGAUGGAUUGGAUGCGCGCUCGUUGGACCUCCGACCCUUGCUACGGCUUCUACGGUGUGGAUGGCUCCGACUGCUCCUUCCUUAUAUACCUGAGUGAAGUUGAAUGGUUCUGCCCCCCGCUGGCCUGGAGGAACCAAACUGCAACCCCCACCCUGAAGCCUCCUCCUAAAAAACAGGCUUUUUUCCAGUCUGACGUGGGCUCUCUGCUGGAGAAAGUGGGCGCCGGGAAGGAGUCACUGAGCUUCAUGAAGAGGCGAAUACGCAGGAUGGCGGCCCAGUGGGCGUCGGCUGCUCGGCGAUUGGACGACAAACUACGCAACCAUUGGAGAGAUCAAAAAAGGAUUCUUGUCCAUGUGGGCUUUCUGACGGAGGAGUCGGGGGAUGUCUUCAGUCCCAAGGUGCUGAAGGGGGGUCCUCUGGGGGAGAUGGUGCAAUGGGCUGACAUACUCACAGUUCUCCACACACUGGGCCACAACCUGAAGAUCUCAGUUUCAGUCAAGCAGCUGCACGGGUUCCUGGGUGUUCCGCCUGGUAGAGGGAGCUGCCCAUUGACCGGACCUCUGCCCUUUGACCUCAUCUACACCGACUAUCACGGCCUGCAGCAAAUGAAGCAGCACAUGGGUCUGUCACUGAAGAGGCACAAGUGCCACAUACGAGUGAUUGACACCUUUGGAACUGAGCCUGCUUACAACCACGAAGAAUACGCCACGCUGCACGGCUACAGAACCAACUGGGGCUACUGGAACCUGCACGGCCAGCAGUACAUGACCAUGUUCCCUCACACUCCAGACAACUCUUUUAUGGGCUUCGUGGCAGAUGAGCUGAAUGAGACAGAGAGGCUGCAAAUUCAGAAGAACAAGGUGAACAAUAUGGCUGUGGUGUACGGUAAAGAAGCCAGCAUGUGGAAGCUUCAAGGUAAGGAAAAGAUCCUCCACAUCCUGAAUCAGUACAUGGAGAUACAUGGAACUGUCUACUAUGAGACGCAGCGGCCACCAGAGGUGCCAGCUUUUAUCAAGAACCACGGUUUGCUGCCUCAGCGUGAGCUGCAGCAGCUUCUCAGGAAGGCUAAGCUUUUCAUCGGCUUUGGUUUUCCCUACGAGGGCCCUGCUCCCCUGGAGGCCAUCGCCAACGGCUGCAUCUUCCUGCAGCCCAGGUUCAACCCCGCUCACAGUUCCCUCAACCAUGACUUCUUCAGAGGAAAGCCCACCUCCAGGAAGGUUGCCUCUCAGCAUCCCUACGCAGAGCAGUACAUCGGCCGACCGCACGUCAUCACUAUCGACUUCAAUAACACUGAAGAGUUUGAUGCAACCAUCCGCCAGAUCAUGGAGAUCGAUGUUGAACCCUUCCUUCCCUACGAGUACACCUGUGAGGGGAUGCUGGAAAGAGUUCAUGCCUACAUUCAGAACCAGGACUUUUGUUCUCCUGAAGCUCCGUUUCCUCCGUUAAACUCAUCCAGGACGUGGCCUGCCGUGCAGCCUGGACCUUUCACUCUUUUACCAAACUCCAGUGUGCUAACCUGGGCCUUCAACACCAGCUCUGUCAAGUCCUGGCCCCCCCUCAGUGCUCUGCAGCUCCUGGCUUCACAGGAGGGCCACUCGUGUGUGAAGACCUGUCAGAGCGCGGGGCUCAUCUGUGAACCUGCCUUGUUUCGCUUCAUCAACAUUAAGGAGGCCUUCAGCGCGCUGAACCUCCAGUGUGAAGGACUGGAGUCGGAGAAGAACCACCUUUUCCCGGCCUUCGCUGCCAAACACGCCGAGUGUCUGCUGCAGCAGGACCCGCUGCUGUUCAGCUGCGCGGGUUCUAGUGACACAUUCCGGCGCCUCUGCCCCUGCAGGGACUAUCGUGUGGGUCAGGUGGCGCUGUGCAAAAACUGUUUAUGACCACAGGUGGAUGUGAUGAAAGAAGGCUGUUUUUAA